AGCCCUGCUAAAAUAAGGGCCUAAUAAUUAUUUAGUUUGUGUUUUAUUUUGCAGUAAAUCGUUAAUUAUUACUUUCAAACAGAAAAGAAAUAAGUAAGGGAAAUACUGUUAUAAAAAAAAAGGGUUUUGUAUUGACCAAUGAGGUGGGUUUCUCGCUGACCUCUGGAGGUCAGGGGGAGGAGCGGAAAAAAAAAGGAGGAAGUGAGUGAGUUGGUCGGAGGACACGAGGUGGCCGACAAACGUGUGCACAUCGGCGGUUCGGGAAAAAAAUACUGUGGCAUUUGGGAAAAAAAAACCUAACAACUGAGUUUGCAGACGACAUAAAAGGACACCUAGCAGAUAAUAAACUGCUGAACAAAAAUAAACCGGAAAUGAACUCUGUGAGGAGCGCAUGGUGAGAGUGGCUCCGCGUGCGUGCGUGUGUUCCCGCGACAGACAAAAAGGAUAUCAAGUGCUUUUCAUCUGACUGCUUAACGGUUUGCAACGCGAAUGGUCGUGUACAGUGUUUGAGCACCGGAGAAACUAAGAAUACGAAAUUCGGCAGGAGAGACCGCAGGCCACGUGGAGACUUCUACUGCAUCUUGGCUUCGUUUUCAUCGUUGGAGGGUGGGUGCUUCUCUUUUGAGUUUCCAUGUUCCAUUGGAUUACGUGAGUACUACAGUAUAAAGUGUUCACCUGAGCUCCAACUAAGUGCACCAACGAGACAUUUAAAUCCCAGCUGGGUAACAUUACAUUUGUGGGGUUUAGGGUUGUUUUAUUUACACUUGUUUCAGAGAAUAAAUGUUUGUUUAUUGUUUCUACUUUACAAUCCCCUGUGAUUUGCUUCUUUAAGCAAAGAGGUUGGUGAAAGGCCUGUUAUGUAACUUUUUUGAGAGUGAUGUUAUUGUAAUUUGCUAUUAAGUGAUUUAUUAUUAUUAUUAUUAUUAUUAUUUACUGUUACUAUUUACUAUUAGGUGGUUAAUAUUUUCUGAGUGAUAGAAGAGAAAAAAAUUAAAGAAACACUGAAGUCUGAAGCCCGAUGUUAAACACAGCAGUUUGAGUUACUUUGGUAGUACACAUCACACCUUCGGUAAAUUUAGAUGUGCCUCUCACGUAUAAAAUCAUUUCCCUAGACAGAUCAGAGCCAGUUAAUCGGUGAGAGGGCUACAUUCGUGGGGGCUCGUCCGGGAUUCAGAUCACUGUUUUUUUUAUUUCUCUUCUAUCUUGGUAUAUUAUUUUGAGGGCAAAUCCUGUAAAGUCACGGGUUGUUUGAUGCAUGGAAUCUUCUUUUGUUGAUUUAAGUGGUUAAGACAUUUAAGGCUGAGCAGUUAUUAUUCAUCUAAAUAUUAUCUCACGGCACAGAUGAGCAACAUGGAGGUAAAUAAGGUCAUUGCAUGGUGUAGAGAAACAGAUGUUCAGCUUGAGAACGCACUUAUUUUGAGCAACCUACCUUCGGAUUGUGAAGAUAUGAUGGUGUACAAUGUGCUUGAUAAAGUUCAAGGUAUGGGUAGAUGCAAAGUGCGUGGUCGUCGUUCUGAUCCGGGUGAGCAGCAACAUUUUGUUUUAAUUGAAACUGCUAGGAAAGUUUCUGAGAUACCUAUUCCUGCUGAAAUUGGAGGAUCUGAUGUAGUUACCUGGUAUACCCAGAUCGUUAAUGUCACAAAGCAAACACCUGAACAAAAUAGGGGGGAUGAGUUUCAUUCUAAACUGUUCUCAUUCCUAGAGAAAGAGGGUAAAUCUUUAGCUGAUGUUCAGACUAUGGUUUCUCCUUCACUUAGCCUGAGCACUGAGCUUGUUGGUGCCAUUAACUCCUUGGUUCAGAAGUGUAAUGUGGCUACACCUGCUGAGGGUCCAAGCUAUAGGAAACUGUGUACGUUCUCUGGGGUGACACCUACACCCAGUGGUGAGGAUGAGUAUGAAGCAUGGGCUGAACAGACCACUCACAUUCUUGAAGAGUGGCAGUGUUCUGACAACCUUAAGAAACAAAGACUUGUUGAGUGUCUUAGGGGUCCUGCAGCCGAUAUAGUGAGGUUUGAAAAGGUUGCAAAUCCAACAUCUUCCUCUGGCGAUUAUCUCAGUGCAUUAGAGACAGUAUCUGGUACCACAGAAAGUGCUGCAGAUCUGAUGGUGAGGUUUAGGAGUACUUUUCAGAACGAGGGCGAAAAACUCUCAGCAUACAUAUUGAGGUUGGAUAAAUUGCUGCACAGUGUGUUACGCAAAAGAGGCAUCGAUCUCUCUGAAAUGAAUCAGCUUCGUAUGCAGCAGAUAAUCAGAGGAGCACUUCCAACUGACAUGGUAGCUUUACGGUUCAGGAUGACACACAAGCUAUGUGACCCACUUUCUUUCACUGAUCUUUUGAAAGAGGUCAGAGAGGAAGAGAAUAUGAUGCACAGCAGAACCUCAGUUCAGGCCAAUGUUGCUUUGUCUGCCGCGUCCUCUGUCAAGAGUGAGACCUCUGUUAAAACCUCUGUUAUACUGAGUCUGAGGUUGAGAGACUAA